UGAAAGAUUUUGCCGUAUCUUUACACUUCACAUUAAUUUUUGUCCAUCAUUCAGAAAUUCUGCUAUGUUUUAAUAUUCUUUCUUGCAAGUUUGUAAUCCUAGUGUUUCCAUUGAUGAGUGGGCAUGAAGAUUUCAGUUCCAGCACCAAAACUAUUGUGGCCUUUAUUCUUGUUUCACUGUCGAGGUUAUACCACUGUCUAGUUUCUUUCUCAUUUUUCCAUUAGUUUCUCGAGAAAUGGAAGAGGUAAAUAGGGUGGCUGGUAGAUUCAAAAUCUCAUUAACAGAUUCCACAAUGAUGUGGAUUGUGUAUCGUGCAAUGGAUAAAGCAUACGAAAGAGCACAGUCCAAGGAAGGUGUUAUUGAGCGACUGACUGAGAUAUCCAAGUUCUAUGAGUUGGCAGUGAUGCAGUUGGAGGGAUGUUUGAGGUUUGUUCAAGAAGAAACAGACAGCAGUUUUGAAAGCAGCGAUGAAGAUGUUUUAGGGGACUUGACAGAAAUUAGAGAUCGUCUCAUAGGACGCCUCAAGGAACUGGACCUGGCCAUUGCAGAAAAGGAUAGAGAGUUAACUGAGAGAUCAGAAAAUGAGUUGAAGCUUGGACAGGCACUGGAAAUCAAAAAAAGACAAAUGGAUUCUAUACGUGCCAAGCUCAAACUUGAGCCAACAAAAGUGGAGGGUGUUGAAGAUUCCAUUCCUAGCAAUAGGGUGGGUGUUGAUGAACUCACUCUUGGAAAUCGGGCAAAUGCUGAUGAGGAAUUUUCUGGGCUGAAACAUUCAGUGGAUCGGCAGGUAUGGAAUAUCAAACAUAAACUUGAACCUGAAGAUAGAAGGAGAAAUCGGAGUUGUGACAGCUUAAAGAUUGAGCAGAUGGGAUCAGACAUUGACGUCUUAAAAGAAACAAUGGACGUUGCUUUUGGAAAGAUGCAGAGUGCCAUUUUUUUGUCUGAGAUGGGGCCAGUAGAGCAGCAGUGGAGGUUGACAAUUGAGAAAGAUGCAUUAGGCAUUCUGAUUAAAGGCUUUGUGAGAGACAUCCAGGAGAGUUUUAAAGCACAAGUCAGAGGGCGGGAGAAGCAAGUUUCUCUUGGAUUGAGCAAGCAUUUGUCAGAUUUAAUGAAAGAUAUCAACUGCUUGAAUGAUGAACUAGAAGCUCUUUGCUUAUCCCAAAGCAAUCAGGAUCGCAAGAUUUCGCUAAAGCCAAAGGAAAAGUCUUUAUCAGAAGAAGACGAUCAUGGCAACCCCGGAAAUUCCACCUUAAGUGUUGAGAAAGUAGACCAACAGAAGCAGCUUGGUGAAGGAGAUCCAGAAGAUGAUGGUGGUAAUUAUGUUGCUAAACUGAUAAAGAACCAUGAGUCAAUUAUCAAGAGAAAAAACAAAGAGCUAAAUUUGAUGAAGCGGGAAAAUCUUGGGGAAAAAGACAGUUCAUACCCUAGGAGAGAAGAGGAUCUUGUUAGCCCUAGAAGAAGGAUCCAAGAUGUCAUUGUAAGAAUGGAAAAUCUAAUUACUUGGAAUGCAAAACUUGGCGAAAAUUUUGGCAACUAUGAAAGUGAUGACGAUGUGGAAAGCUCUUCAACGAAAAGGUUAUGCAACUUCAGCAUGACAAAACAGAAAAAAUCUCACAUUGACAAUUUGGAAGUUGGCCAGGGGAAAGUGAAUGAAGUUUCAAUUUCUGGUGCAGUAAAUGAAGAACUACAUAAUGAAAUAAGGGUGCUGAAAGAAGAAAAGGAGGAUGUAAGUUUUCAAGCUAUGAUAAUGGAAAAAACUUGUGCUUCUGUUUUGGAAGGUUUCAUAUAUGAAUUCAGAACUGACUUAUAUAGGUAUGAUCUGGAGAUUCUGUCAAGGGAAGGUAUUCAUGAAGAUUCAUUGAAGAAAAUAGUCCUUGAAUGGAAUGAACAAAUGGAAAGUCACCAGCUAGAAAUUCAGUUUAGAGAAGAGAUACAUUAUAUUGUAUUUGGUGAGGCAGUGAAGAAUUUUGUUUCUACUCUUGACUCUACAUUAAUAGAAUGUCAGGAUGCCAGGGCUGAAUGCUCUUGUUUGGAAGACUAUAAUUUAGAGGGAAAACUGAGGGAGGAAAUAUCCAGGGUCCUUUUUAGGGAAGUGUACAAGGAAUGGAAUGAAUUAGUUAAAAUAUCUGAUACUGGAAACCUUGUUAGGGAAGAAAUACAUCAGAUUGCCAUUGAAGAGACCCUUAGAGAUAUAGCAAACACUACUGAUUACAUAAUUAGUGUACUCAAAGAGGAGAAUUUAGAGGGAGAAUUAAGAGAGGAUAUAUGGAGACUACUCUUUGGGGAACUGUGCAAGGAGUGGAAUGAGGUUAUGAAAAGAUUGGAUGAUGAAAACCUUGUUAGGGAAGAGAUAUAUCAGGUUGCCUUUGACGAAACCCUGAGAGAUGUGGCAAAUACUGGUAAUCACUUAGUAAGCAAAUGCAAUGAUGGGAAAAAUUCAGAGAAUUGUAUCCAUGGCUUCCAUUGUAACAAGUCCUUUCAGUGCGCAGAACAUUCAGUUAAGGAGGAUGUCUAUAUGGUUUUCCUUAGGGAAAUGUUUAAAGAAUGGAAAGGAAUUGAUGCUCAGAACUUUGAGAGUCUCAUUAGGGAAGAAGUUUUCCUACUUGCUUUUUUUGAGGCUGUGAAAGAAGCUAGUGCUGCUUAUAGAGAAGGUGCAGCCUAUGAUCAUUUCAAAAUCUCAGAAGAUUUCAUCUGUCCUGACAAGUUACAUAGAAGUAAAGAGGUUAGUGAAGAGGAGAUUUUGGUUCAAAAUCAAGAAUCAUUAUUGAAUUGUAUUAGAGUUGAGGAGGAUUUGAUUCGAAGCACAAGUUCUGAAAUUAAGGAGCACAAUGCACACUGCCACCCCAUUCAAAUGAAACAUGAAAAGUUGGAUAAAGUAAAGAUCUCUCAAGAGUUGUUUACUGAAAUGGGAAGCGCUUUCAAUUCUGUAAGCAGCAAAGUUGAGAUAGCUUUGGAGCAGUUAGCUGUGAGUAAGGCACUAUUGAGUGAGUUAAGAUCUUGUCUAGGUGUAGCAGUUGAAGAUGUAGAAAGGAUCAAUGAUCGGACAGUUUCUGUAGCUUCUGCACAUAACUUGAAGCCAUCCUGGUUGCAACAAAAAGAAAUCAAGGAGGUGAAAGUAACUCCAUCUUAUUGUGAAUUUAUACCUAUCAAGGAAUUUUUGCAAGUAUUUAUGGACUUUAAGUGCAGAGUAGAAGAAAAGUUAGAGCUGAAUAUUUUGAGGUUGGAAGAAGCAAUGCAUCAUUUAAAUCCAGUUACUGAACUUGUUGCCAGACACAGGAGGAAAGAAUGGCUUUAUAAAAAGGCUUUUAUCAGAAGAUGUGAAAAUCUCAGAAAGGCUGAAACUGAGGUGGAUCUGCUUGGGGAUCAAGUAGAAGUACUUCUAGGUCUACUCGAGAAGAUAUACAAUGUACUGCAUCACUAUUCACCAGUGUUGCAGCAGUAUUUUGAGGUCUUGGACAUUUUGAACAUGAUCAGGAAAGUAUUAAUUGGUGAAGUUCUCGCCUCCAGUGACACAGAUUGUUGAUUGACUGGUUUGUCUUAUAUGUAAUUUUGUCAGGAACUAUUAAGAAAUAUUAUCCAA